ACACCCACCCACACCACCACCCGACACCGCAUUGUCCUUAUCUGAUCAGUCUGGGUUGUAUUGUCACUGCACAACUCCUUAUCACGUCGUCUAAUCAACAAGCUGCCUUACUUUUUUGACCGCAAAAACAAAAAAUAAAAAAAAAAGAAAUUAACCCAAAAAGAAAGAAAAAGGAAAACAUAAGCCCCCCGUUUUGUGUCACUUUCAUCUUUUUUAUUAUUUUCGAUUCUAUUUAUAUUAACAGAAAAACAUCUACAGUUUAAAGGGUAUCCUUUCUCCACAAUCGUUCUCCUCACCCCUAUCCAUUCGCUAUGUACUUGUCCUCGCAGGCCAACCCGAACUCGUCGUCGACGAAUCUCCACCAGAUAAAAAAUAAUCAUCAUGACGAUACUCUGUCUCAUUACAAGCCUCGAUCAAUUCAUCAUCCCAAAAUCAAUAGACCAACCAUGAUUUCUUCACCUUCAUUUGGGAAUUUUUCAGGCUUCCAACUACCACUCACCCCACCAGUUUCCAAUCGGGGGUCACCCGUGAAGGAACGUGACUCGUACGGGUUUGGUGCCAAACCAACGCCGUUAUCCACAACCACAACCACAUCUUCAACUUCAUCUUGGUUACCUCCUAUAGACGCGCGUAUAGUACUGCUUUGUCUAGGUUGGUAUUUCUGUUCUGCAGUAUCAAACAAUUCAACAAAGUCAAUCCUCAAACAAUUUAGUCAUCCAGUGACUUUAACUGAAGUUCAAUUUCUUUUAAAUUGUGUCUUUUGUCUUGUUGGACUUAAGUUAUACCUUUCAUAUAAAUCCAAAUAUGCCACUUCUUCAUGGCUCCCUCAUGGCUUUGCCCCACAAGAAAUCUGCUCAAUCAAGCAAUUCAUAACCCCAACCUCCCUUAUCAUCCGUACCACCCUCCCCAUGGGGAUGUUCCAAUUUGUCGGACAUUUAUCAUCCCACAAGGCAACCCUGUUGAUCCCAGUCUCGAUGGUCCAUACAGUAAAGGCCCUUGCUCCAAUCACAACCGUUCUCACCUACAGAUGUCUUUUCCAAGUCAAGUACAAACUUAUCACCUAUGUCACCUUGAUCCCACUCAUUGUAGGAAUCAUGCUUGCCUGUUACAAACCGAAAAGAACGGCUAAUUCAUCCGAAUAUUACAAGACUGGUCUCGUUUAUGCGUUUGUCUCCAUGCUUAUCUUUGUUCUGCAAAACAUCUUUGCUAAGAAAAUCCUCACUUGUAUUGAGAAAACAAUUGAACUCCCCACCAUAAAUCCAUUUGUUCAUGCUGAAUCAUCUCAGAAAAAAUUGGAUAAACUAACCAUUUUAUAUUAUUGCUCCCUCAUUGGGUUCAUGUUCACUCUCCCAUUCUAUCUCUUUCUGGAAUUUAAGAAUGACUCCAUUUCCUUAUCUCAAAUGAAUUUUUCAAUCUUUGGAAUCAUGAUCAUUAAUGGAUUAUCACACUUUCUUCAAUCCUUAUUAGCUUUCCAAAUCUUGGGGUCCAUCUCCCCUGUGAAUUAUCUGAUUGCAAACAUCAUGAAGAGAAUCAUUGUCAUUGUGGUUGCCAUUCUUUGGGAAGGUCAACGCGUGACUUCACUCCAAGGAUAUGGGUUGAUACUAACAAUGAUUGGGCUUUAUUGCUAUGAUAGAUGGGGGACUACCCAUAAAUAAUUAAUUUAAAUAGAUUAUCAAUUUGCA